AUGGGAAAACGUCGCGUACCUAGAUUUGGGUUAAACACUCUCAGAACAAUUGACAGAUCCAAUGGAUUAUUUGAGGAGUAUUAUAAAAACCAGCUUGGUCUGGAUGACUCCGAUUUCCAGGCGUUUAUCGCGUCUCUUAAGCAGGAUCUUCCCGUGACAUUUCGAAUUACUGGUUUCCGUAAACAGAGUAGGGAACUACUUUCCCUUCUACAGGAGAAUUAUCUUCAUACUCUUAUCGAUAAAGCCGACUCAACCACCGCGGAUUUUUCUAUAAAGUCCUUGGCCUGGUAUCCAGAUGAAAUGGCUUGGCAGAUUGACGCCAGUCGAGCAACCGUUCGGAAACUAGAUGAACUGAAAGCCCUACAGAGUUUCCUCGUAUCGGAAUCAGAAUCAGGUAACAUCAGUAGACAAGAAGCAGUCAGCAUGUUGCCUCCUCUCGCACUUGAUGUAAAAGAACACCACGCUGUUUUGGAUCUUUGCGCAGCUCCCGGCUCAAAGUCUGCCCAGCUCGUAGAAUUACUACAUGCAGAUGCAGAGAAGAAAAAUGGCGAUGGCGAUACAUAUGCCGAGCCAUCGGGCUUUGUCAUUGCAAACGACUUGGAUAGGAAGCGUUGUUACAUGAUGAUUCACCAGGUUAAAAGACUACAGAGUCCGUGUGUUCUCCUCACCGAAGAAGAUGCUGCUAUAUAUCCUCGUAUUUUUGUUGAUUCUCCAUCAAAUCCCAACGAGAAGCGCAUUCUGCGACGAGGCUUGGAACUGCUUCGAGUGCCCUCUCCGGACGAAACCACUGACCUACCGCGCCUGGUCUACUCUACGUGUAGUCUCAAUCCAGUGGAAGAUGAGGCAGUUAUUGCCUCCAUUCUCAACGCCACCGGCGGAGCAGUCGGAGGGUCGGGCUUUGUGGCUAGACCAGGUCUGCGAAGUUGGCGUAUCCUUCUGGGUUCCGACAAGUGGAUCAGCUCCCACGACGAAGUCCCACCGAACGAUAAGGGCACAAUGUCGACAAGUCUGUUCGCACCGCCAAACGCUGAGGAACUGCAUCUGGAGUAUUGCCGUCGUGUUCUUCCGCAUGACCAAAAUACAGGUGGAUUUUUCAUUGCCGUUCUUGAGAAGGUUGCUGAACUGCCCUGGAUGAGUUCUAAAACGCGAACUCUAAGGAAAGAGCCUGUUUGCACACCCCUUGGCGAAAACCAGAAAGUAAAGUCAACUGACGGUAAGCUCCCCUCCAAGCUUUGCAGUCUUAUUGAAAGCCAAAAAAACUACGAAAUUUGCAACUUCGUAUUGGCAAAUAAUUGUUUUCAGUCAUUCGUCUUCAGGCUAGUACAAUGA